GACACCAAGAGGAAGUGUUGGAAGACAGCUUGACCCCUGGCACCCAUGUCGUCAUUUCCCUGAGCUGUCGCUGCACGAAGCCGGAGAGGGAAAGAAAGAGCUAGAGGGAGGGAGGAAAGAAGAGAGGGAGAGAGGGAGUAGAGCCUAGAGACGUAAUUCUCGUCCCCACGGUUUGGCGCCAAUCUGGCGAAAAAAGUAAACAUCGAUAUACGUGAAAGUCGCGAGUGGAUUUACUUGUGAUCCACUGGUUAUUUGUGCCUUUGUUAGCUACCUAGCUAGCAUCUAGCUAGCAUUGUUAUCAAUCUCCACAACAAGCCCCUCUCACACAUUGAUUUACAGCAAGCUGGCCAAGAUCUAAAGAAAAUAACUAACGGUAGACAAUUUCUUCAAGGUGGUCGUUUAAUACUUCAAUAUGGGGAGAAAGUCCAACCGAGCGAAGGAGAAGAAGCAGAAACGCCUCGAGGAGAGGGCAGCCAUGGAUGCAGUGUGUGCUAAAGUAGAGGCAGCCAACAAGCUUGAUGAUCCACUUUCUGCAUUACCGGUGUUCAAGAAGUUUGACAGAAAUGGGUUGAAUUUGCAGAUCGAAUGUAAGCGGGUGUCUGCUCUCCCUCCCCUCACAGUGGAGUGGGCCUAUGAGCUGACAAGAGCCAACAUGCAGACACUCUAUGAGCAGAGUGAGUGGGGCUGGAAGGAGAGAGAGAAGAGGGAGGAGAUGAAGGAUGAGAGAGCAUGGUACCUUCUGGUUUGUGAUGCGGACUCAGCCCCCAUGGCCUUCUCUCACUUCCGGUUUGAUGUGGAGUGUGGGGAAGAGGUGCUGUACUGCUAUGAGAUCCAGCUGGAAACAAGAGUACGGAGGAAAGGGCUUGGCAAAUUUUUAGUUCAGAUCCUACAACUCAUCGCCAACAGCACACAGAUGAAGAAAGUGAUGCUGACAGUCUUCAAACACAACCACGGGGCAUACCAGUUCUUCCGAGAAGCCUUACAGUUUGAGAUCGAUGACACUUCGCCUAGUGUGUCUGGUUGCUGUGGAGACGACUGUUCCUAUGAGAUUCUCAGUCGGCGGACAAAACAUGGCGAGGCCUCGGGACACGCGCACGGAGGCGGCCACUGUGGCGGCUGCUGCCAUUAGUUACGGUGUUUUGUUUGGUCACUCAGAUACACACUGCUUCUUCAUUACGCAUCCUAACCAAGAGACACCAUUGCACCCACCCCGUUCGAACGCCCUCCUUCCAAAACAUAUCUCCAAAGUGGUCUUUUUCCUUCCUAAUGCAGCCAUUUUUACCCUCACAAAUAUUGCGCUUUAGCUUUGGUUUUAAACACUCUUUUGGUACAACUUUGCAAAAAAAAAAAAAAAAACCUUCAAUAUUAUAGUCCAUAUAUUCUGUAGGUCUGCUAGAGUAUUAGCAGGAAAUUAGACCUACUGUGGCAGUUUAGUUCAAUAUUUCUCUCCUCAGGAAACAGCAUGGUGACUUCAAUUCUAAAUUGAACCCUGAACAAAUGUAGUCAAGAAAGCUGACGAGUGUGAUCGUGGGUCUGUGUUGUCAGUGCUCUGCCACACUGGGUUUCAUAGCUGCUUCUCUGUGAAGUUCCUUCAGGGUCUAUAUAUAUAUAUACAAACAGGUUAUUUAAGUAGGUAACCUUAAGUUUUACUUGAGUUUGAGUAUAACAAGACUCAUGGUAAAUAGUGAGUACAUUCGCUUACUCUACAUGGUAAACUGCUAAGACACGCAAACGGUCUCAGGUCACUGAAAUCAAACUCAAAUCCUAUAAAUGUUUUAUAAACAGGUGUUUUUGGGGAGAGGUGUGUUGAUGUUUCAACAUUUUGAUGAAGUGGUUGAGAUGUGGCAUGGGAGCAAAGGUCAUUUAGUUUAGGUGUGUACAUUUUCUAUUUUACUUUCACAUGCUUUUAUUGUUUUAUGUUCAAAUGUCUUCCCGUGUUUGCCAUAUUCAUUCUAUUUGCCUUCUCAGAAAAACUACUUAAUCUUUGGAGAAAGACGUAAAAUUAAAAGGUGAGGAGAAAUGAAAUGAGUCUUGUGUGUUGAUGUUGGUACAGAAAGGGACUAGUCAUUUUGAUUUCUUACGUGUUAUAUUUUAAUGUUGCAAAUAAAGAUAAUUUCCUUGAUUUUAA